AUGAUGUCUGAUGAAUACUUGGUGGAGUGCAAAAUAGACGAUGAUGAUGACAGUGACAAUGACUAUGAUAAAGAUGUGAUGAAGAUCCACACCACACCAACUCCACCACCACAGUUCUGCUCCAGCUCCCAAGUGUCCAUAAGCCAUUGUGAAACCAGAGACCCCUAUGGGAUCAACAAUCACUUGAAGAUGGAGUUUAGUGAUGUUUUGGCAGAGCCAGCCUCUCCACACAGUUAUGAACGUGUUUGGGUGUACAGUAGCAUUGGGUUUGAAUCAGCACGAAUCUGGAGUUAUCGUUGCCUCACGACACUUUUUGCAGUCCCAGUUUCCUUCCUUUCUGGCUGUCUUUUUGCACUGCUGGCCUGCCUACACAUCUGGUGUGUGAUGCCCUGUGUACAGGUGUGCCAUACCUGUUUACCCUGUGUGCGGUCCCUAUGGAGGAGUGUGGUGAAUAUCUUCAUCAUGCCAGUCUGCAUGUCUGCUGCUCACUGUUGUAGUGGAAUACAUGUAUUAUUCUCUAAUGAAUGA